GUUAAAAAGCAGUAUUCUGUGAAUGAUAGUGUCUAGAAAGGGUAUGUCCCUUCAGGAGAGAGGUGCCAAUGUCCAACCGGCCUAAUAACAAUCCAGGGGGGUCACUGCGACGUUCACAGAGGAACACUGCUGGGGCCCAGCCACAAGACGACGCAGCAGGAGGAAGGUCACACUUAGGGCAGGCAAAACAUAAGGCACAUAGCCCUCCUGAGAGUAGAAAAUCUAUUUCAAAGACACCCAAAGUGCAGUCUAAUACUACUUCUGAGCAGUCCAAGGGACACUUUUCUAAAAGAGGCUGUAGUUCAUCUGCUGUUUUAAUACCACAAGAAGAUUCAGAAAGAGUCAGUACUUCAGAAAAGCAAAAAACGGGGCAAGUGCCUAAGAAAGACAAUUCUCGAGGAGUUAAACGCAGUGCUAGUCCAGAUUACAGCAGGACCAAUUCUCCUAGCUCUGCUAAAAAACCUAAAGCACUUCAACACGCCGAAACUUCCUCGGAAAGUAACAAGCCACAUACUAAAUCCAAGAGAAGACACUUAGACCAAGAACAGCAGAAGUCUACACAAUUGCCAUCAACAAGCAAGGCUCACAUCAGAAAGGGUGGAGCUGCUGGUAGCUCCCGAAGUCAGAAAAGGAAAAGGACAGAGAGUACGUCUUGUAUAAAGAGUCGCUCAGCAGUUGAAUCAACUGGCGCUGAAGAGAAGUCAGCAAAAUCCUCCAAGCUGGCUUCAAAAUCGGUGACCUCAGCCAAAGCUGGGUGUAGCACCAUCACUGAUUCUUCUUCUUCAGCUUCUACAUCCUCUUCCUCUUCUGCUGUUGCCUCUGCUUCUUCCACUGUUCCUCAGGGUGCCAGAGUGAAACAGGGCUCUUCUAAGUCGGAGACCUCAAAACCUGGACCUUCAGGACUGCAGGCUAAGCUAGCAAGCCUAAGAAAAUCCACAAAGAAGCGCAGUGAAUCACCACCUGCUGAGCUCCCCAGUUUGCGGCGGAGCACACGCCAAAAGACCACGGGCUCCUGUGCUAGUACCAGUCGGCGAGGCUCUGGCCUGGGCAAAAGAGGAGCAGCUGAAGCUCGCCGACAGGAGAAGAUGGCUGAUCCUGACAACAACCAGGAUGGAGUUAACUCUUCAGCUGCACGUACAGAUGAGGCUCCCCAGGGAGCUGCAGCUUCUAGCUCUGUUGCUGGGGCUGUAGGUAUGACAACAUCUGGAGAAAGUGAGUCAGAUGACUCAGAGAUGGGAAGACUACAAGCUCUGUUAGAGGCUAGGGGUCUUCCUCCUCACCUGUUUGGCCCUCUUGGUCCUCGGAUGUCGCAACUCUUCCACAGGACAAUUGGAAGUGGAGCUAGUUCUAAAGCCCAGCAGCUUUUACAGGGUCUCCAAGCCACUGAUGAAAGUCAGCAACUACAGGCAGUUAUUGAGAUGUGCCAGCUGUUGGUCAUGGGAAAUGAAGAAACACUGGGAGGAUUUCCAGUCAAGAGUGUUGUGCCAGCUUUGGUAAAGACUUCCUCCCCAGCGCUCACCCAGUCCCCCCCACAUCUUCGGGCAGGAGCGGCGCCCCCACCCCGCCUCUCACCGCCCCCCUUUAGGCGGCAGCUCCCUUCUUCGGGACGCCCCGCGCCCCUUCCCUCAGCGCGGCCCUCGCUGCCCUCACAGCAGCGGCAGCAGCUGGGAUCGGUCCCCCGGCUCCCCUGA